GUACAGUGUAGUGAGUAUUAGUGAUGACUGCACUGUAUAUUGUAAGUUGUUUUGGUGUGAAAGGCGUUGUCAUUAAAGGUGUGAUAAUUUGUCCAUUAAAUCGGUGUUUGCGACCAAUUCAUCGUCCAUUCACUCAUAGAUAGUGACAAUUAGGCCAUCAAUUGAUUGAUCGUUAGAUUGGGUGACAUAUCGCGAAAAUGGUGGUCAAAGUACUCAUAUCUGGCAUCUCUGCGUCCAAAGAGAUUAAGAAAUACCAACAAAGGGCUCAAAUGUUAUUGGACUCACUGAAGAUCGCAUACCAGGCCAUCGACAUCACUGAACCCGGACAUGAAGACGAGAAGGAGCUGAUGAAG